UUCCGACCUCUCCUCCUUGAGUGAAGGUUCAUUGCGGUGACUGUGUUACGUUAGCUGAACACUACAUUUUCAUCCACAAUGUCUGGCCGUGUUCUCGUUGGAGUCAAGCGUGUCAUUGACUACGCAGUUAAGAUUCGUGUGAAGCCGGACAACAGUGGCGUGGUGACGGAUGGUGUUAAGCACUCAAUGAACCCCUUCUGUGAGAUCGCUGUAGAGGAGGCGGUCAAGCUGAAGGAGAAGAAGCUUAUUAAGGAGGUUGUGGCUGUCAGCUGCGGGCCACAGCAAGCACAGGAGACCAUCCGUACUGCCCUUGCCAUGGGGGCAGACCGUGGCAUUCAUGUGGAAGUGACCGGGAAAGACUAUGAUACCAUGGGACCCCUCCAGGUCUCUAAGAUCAUGGCAGCUUUGGCCAAGAAGGAGGACGCACAACUCGUUAUCCUCGGCAAACAGGCCAUUGAUGAUGACUGCAAUCAGACUGGCCAGAUGACAGCUGCCUUACUGGACUGGCCUCAGGGCACGUUUGCAUCAGAGGUGUCACUGGAUGGAGACAAGGUUAAAGUGGUGAGAGAAAUUGAUGGUGGCCUGGAAACAAUUAAGAUCAACACACCAGCAGUCGUGACCGCAGACCUUCGACUCAACACCCCCAGAUAUGCCACUCUGCCUAAUAUCAUGAAAGCCAAGAAGAAGAAGAUAGCUAACGUGAAGCCUGCAGAUUUAGGAGUGGACCUCACAUCACGGUUGGAGGUGUUGAGAGUGGAUGAGCCCCCACAGAGGCAGGCAGGGAUGAAGGUGGAGACGGUGGACGACCUGGUGGGCAAACUGAAGGAGGCAGGGAGGAUAUAGAGGCAUUAAGAGUGUAGGCAGGCGAGUGCAGAACCAAGCAGAAAGGACUGGACUGCAUUACGUGAGCGCACCCGGAGGACUGGCUCAUGUAUCAGCCUAAUCCCUCUGUUUGAGACUGUGACUCCUGAGGAUAUGCAGGGAGGUACUGACAGGAGAGGAGUAAUACUGAGAAACACUGUCGUGCAGCAGACCCGGACAACUCCAAAAGGAUCAUCUUGUCUUUUAUGUUCAUAGUGAUAUAACUGUAGAUGACCAGUCUUCAUGCAAUAAUUUAAACCCAGAAACUUCCUUUCACUCAUGCUGCUGUAGGUAUUGCACUGUACACCAACACCACCAGUACGAUGCAUUUCACCAACCAAACACUCGACUCAGCUGUUUAAUCUUGUACAUCCAUUGUCUCACAUGUAAAGAGGUGCAGUUUUUGUAAAUGAUAUAUGUAAAUAUGGACCCAGACAUGUUGAGAUGAUUAUGUUCUUCAAGAUUAGCAUCAUGUCUACAAUUAAUCUGUAUAGUCUGUAUGAAAUUUCUAACUGGGUUUCAGUCCUCUGCCGAGAUGGUGUCUCUCAGUAUGAGCAAGGGCAGGUGUUCAUAAAUCAGAAUUUUGCCAUAAGCGCCUCAGUUCUCUGUUGAUUGUACAGAACAUUACCAUGACAAUAAAGUAGCCAGUCUUUUUCAUAUCUAA